CAAGAAUAAUUCCAGCUGUCGUACGCAACUAGCCUGGAUGGUUGCAUGAACCGGACACUCAGCUAUUUAGCAAAUAAAUGGCCGUUGUGUGUGGUCUGGAGUCCUCCGCGCACCGGCUUGAUAGGGCUCGCACACUUGUAUUAAACCCUGUGCGACUUGCACUAAACCCUGUACAACUUCGAGUGAGAGCAAUCUUCUACAGACAAUUGACGCUAUGGUCUCAAUACAUUGCCUACCCGGAAAUCCUUCACCGCAAACCACAACACAAACCAUAGCGUUCUCUAUCGGGGUUCACCAGCUAAAUGCCUAGGUGUUCCUAG